AUGGGUGGCUCGGACCAGAAGGCGGCCGGCGGGGCCGUGGGCGGCAAGGCGGCGCGCGCGUGCGACGGGUGCAUGCGGCGGCGGGCCCGGUGGUACUGCGCGGCUGACGACGCUUUCUUGUGCCAGGCGUGCGACACGUCGGUGCACUCGGCGAACCCGCUCGCCAGGCGGCACGAGCGCCUCCGCCUGCGCGCGACGUCCCCGCUGCCGGCCGAGGGCGUGGCCGCGGUGAAGGGGUCGCCGGCGACGACGUCCAAGUGCCUUGACGUCGCGCCGGCGUGGCCGAAGCGGAAGGCGCGCACUCGGCGGCCGCCGGUCAAGAGCGUCGGGCAGCUGCUGUCGAGGCGCCUCGUGGUGCCCGAGGUGGGAGCCGGGGAGUCCUCCACGUCGGACGAGCGGAGGGCGCCCGAGGAGGAGCAGCUGCUCUACCGCGUGCCGGUCUUUGACCCCGCCCUCGCCGAGUUCUGCUCGCCGCCGCCGAUCGAUGACUCACGCCACGGUGAGGACGUCGAAGGCGCCGUGGAGGACACGAAGGAGCACAUGGCCACACCGUCCCCCGUGCAGGAGCUCCCCGAUUGUUUUGCCAGUUUCGGCCCGACGGACGCCGAUCUCAGGGAGUUCGCGGCCGACAUGGAAGCGCUCCUCGGCCAAGGCCUGGACGACGGCAACGAGCUGGAGGACUCGUUCUACAUGGAGGCCCUAGGGCUCAUAUCGCCGCCGGGGGAACACGGCGGGCGGGUAAAGGUGGAGGCCGACGGCAGCCUUGUCUCCCGAAGCAACGGCGUUCUGGCGUCUGGCCAUGACCUGAAGCGGGAGUUCAACGGCAGCCCGCCGACACUGGUGGAUGACGACGACAGUUUCGAGCACAAGACGUCGACGGCGAGCAACGGAGACGCCGUUGACGAUGCGCAGUUCUUGAAGAGGAGCCUGGAUCUUAGGCUGAACUACGAGGCGGUCAUGGAGAGCUGGGGCAGCUCGCCGUGGACCGACGGCCGGCGGCCGUCCGGCCAGCUCGACGACUUGUUGCUCCACGACCACGCGGGCAUGUGGACGGCCGGAGGAGGAGGACGGCAUGGCGAUGCGGCGUGGCCGCCGAGGCCAAGGACGGACGAGUGGCGGGAGGCGCGGGUGUCGCGGUACCGGGAGAAGCGGCGGACACGGCUGUUCGCCAAGAAAAUACGCUACGAGGUGCGGAAGCUGAACGCGGAGAAGCGGCCCCGGAUGAAGGGCCGCUUCGUCAAGCGCACCGGCGGCGCGGCCGCCGCCGCCCCGUGCGCCGUCACCUGA